UGCAAGACCUUGAUAUCGAACAUACACGUAACGCACUGGAAUUUGGCUUGAAUUGCUUGAUAGAACAGAAUGGGUACACGAGUAUAUAUCGGAAGACUCUCACAUCAUGCCAGGGAACGAGAUGUAGAAAGAUUUUUCAAAGGAUACGGACGACUUAGAGAUGUCAUGCUGAAAAAUGGAUACGGAUUUGUGGAGUUUGAAGAUUAUCGUGACGCUGAUGAUGCAGUGUAUGAAUUGAAUGGGAAAGAUCUUGCUGGUGAAAGAGUGAUUGUGGAGCAUGCUCGCGGAGGUCCCCGUGGCGACGACAGGAGAAACAGUUACCGUGACUACCCACCCCCCAGAGGAAGGAACCGUGGAGGCGGAGGAAGAGACAAGUAUGGGCCACCCACUAGAACUGACUACAGACUGAUUGUGGAAAACUUGAGUUCUCGAGUUAGCUGGCAGGAUCUGAAGGACUACAUGAGACAGGCAGGGGAAGUAACUUACGCCGACGCCCACAAAGAACACAAGAAUGAGGGAAUCGUGGAGUUCGCCUCGUAUUCGGACAUGAAGAACGCCGUCAGUAAGCUGGACGGGACGGAGAUCAACGGGAGAAAGAUCAAGUUAAUCGAGGACAAACCUAAACGCAGCAGCCGACGUAGAAGUCCCAGCAGAAGUGCCUCCAGAUCCAGGAGUAGGUCAAGGUCACGGCGAAGGUCAAGGUCAGCCAGUCGAUCCAGGAGUCGCAGCAGAAGCCGUAGCAGUCGUAGCAAGUCCAAGUCUAAAUCCAAGUCACCAGAGCGCAAGUCCAGGUCUAAGUCGCCCUCUAAGUCCAGAUCUAGAUCAAAGUCGCCCUCUAAGUCCAAGUCCAGGUCCAGGUCUCGCUCCAAAAGUCCGGUGAACAAUGAGGACAAGGACGAGAAUUAGGGAGUUCAAACCAGAGGGGCUCACAUCUUUAUAACUUCAUGUAUCAGAGUCUCCACAACAACUCUCAUACAGCAUUGUAGAGUAACGUUUUAAUGUACAAAAUUUGUUUAUUAGAUACGAGUAUGUACAUGUACAUCACACUGAAACCAACUGUUUUAAAAGGGCUAUAACUGAAAGGAUAAGGCUUUCAGACGUAUCAGACAAUUCCCAGGUCCAUGGAAGUAUUGAUAUGGAUUCAUUUUGAAAAUCCUCAUUAUUUUUUAUAAUUGCUUAGAUUUCUUUGUUCAUUUUAAAAGCUCAUCAUAAAUGUAUGUUUCAUCAGUUCAGUACAAUUUUGGCCAUUCUUGGUGGCAUUUCAGCCCAGCUUGACUGUGUUUUUUGCUUUAUUAACUAUCACAUAAAUAAAAUUCAUAAUUAAACCAUAUUUUAUGCAUUUCCAAUUUGAUUUUCACCAUGGUGUACAUUGUAGACAUAAACUAUAUUUUAUUGCACCUUCAUUUUGGUACUUGUAUAUAAUGAUUCAAGUCUACUUGUGUUAACCAUUAGUUACUGGUUAUCAUGUUUCUGCAAGAAUACUGUCUUUUUCCUGUUGAUUAAAUGUUGCUGCAAUCAACAAGUCAUAAAUAUUACUUUUUUGGUUACUUUUGGAUUAUAUGAUGACCACACAAUCUUAAACAUCCCGUUGAUUGCGAAUAAUUUGGAAAUACAUGUACUUGUAAAUGCAGCUUAACUACCUAUGCUGUGUUUUAAUUGGAUUUUUUUUUGUAGGAUGUUUUCAUCAUUAUUUUAAGUUUUUAACAAGUAAACAACCAUUGUGCUUUGCUUUUGAUGUUGCAUUGCUAAAAUUUCACCAGAUCAUUCAUGUCUGUGAUGUUAAACUCAUGAUGUUGCCAUAGCAAUGGUAUUUUUUAUUUUCUUAAUUAAAUGGAUUUCUUUUGAGGUUGACCCACAGUGUAGAUUAUUUUCAAACUAGAGUACCUCUUACAUAGAACAUGAGCAUGUAUGUUGUGAAUAAAUUUUACAAUGCUA